AUUGCUGGAGUCCAUGGACACGUUCGAGGUGAAUGGUAGUGUUGUUAAAGCAAAGACUGGAGGUGCAAUGGCAGACAGUUUCUGUGGGGCAGAAGAAUCUGUCUCCAAAUGCACAGCUCGCAAGGCUGUUUCUCGGACAAAAUUAAAAUCAUUCCCAGGUGACCAGUUGUCCCGACUUUGAGAGGAACUGACUGUCGUGUUCCUGUGUUUUCCCGAUGGCAUUGAAUUAUCCAAAAUACGGAAUUGUUACAAAAAAAUAUUCCAUCGGAAGCUGACGUUAUCAGAAUACGGCUUUGCCUGUGUGAAGGAUCUGCUUCUGUUGUUGGGGGACAGGGUCUGUGUGGAGCACCAGGGAGAGAAGAGCAUUGUCAAGUCUUUAAGAUCGACAGCAACACCUCCACGACCUGCGGCCAAGGGUCCUGCGGUAAAGGAAUUGGCAGAAACUAAGUGACCAGAGGCCUUCUUCAGUGGAACAGUUUAAAGUUAAGAAAAUGGAGGCGGUUCACCGGGAUGUCCUUGAUCUCCUAAAACUAAACCCAGACGGCAUUCACCUAAAGAAACUCGCAAUGACCUACAAUCAGAGAUACAAAAGAAACCUGACAGUCUCCACUUUGGGGUUCCCUUCUUUAACUGCCUUUAUAGAGUCAAUGAAGGAUGAACUGCACUUAGAAGGGGAACUUAUCCUCCUCGGUGCAGACCACAGGCCUGAGAAUGGGGGUCACACCAGUGCUGCAGCUGGAGUCAAACCCGAGCCUCCGAUGGCAGCUGCUGUUGUGACAAAACAGCCAAGCCCUCAGCCAGCUGACACAACUGGGGCAAGAGCACCUCAACGUAAGACGCCAGCUGCCCCCAGUUCCAGCAUAUUGUCUUCUAUAGUCUCUUUGAGUCCUAGUCCUCCUACAAAGAAAAUGACUGAAGAACAGCUACUCCAGAAUGUGACAGAGCUGAUCAAAAUAGACCCGUCUGCUUCUGUGUCUUUGUCUCAGCUUCAGAACGCUUACUAUUUGCAUUACAAGACUCCAUUGCCUCUACAACUGUACAUCUCUCUUUACAAUGCAGUCACCUUCCAACAAAUAAAAGAGGUGACUCCUGGUGUUCAAGCACAGCCAGCUGUGAAUAGCCCUGCAGAAUUGGCGCAGUUGAAAGCAGUCACCCCUCAGACCACCACAGACGGUCCAUCCCAGGUUUUCAAGUGGCAGCCCGUGGCUGUGUCCCCACCUCCCUCCUUGAUGUCAGCAGACUUCCCUGUGCUGGGAGGAAAGCUGUCCAGAUUGGAGCAGAAGCAGCUGAAGGAAGAAGCCAUGAAAAAACAGAGGAGCAGCACCCCUGUGUUCAAAGAGGCGUACCACUCCCAGAUGAGAGAAAUGCACACGACCAACAUGCAGGCCAUAGAGGCUUUGCAAGCUGAUAUGCUUGGUGGAGGUCGGAGGAGAGUUAGCAUGGAGGAAGCAAACGCCUUGGCAACAGAGUUCAUCCGGGCCAUUGCAUCGGACGGAGAGCACGUCACCCUGGAGAAGGUUAUUUCCAGGAUCUGCAGACAUUUAAGAAUCCCGGCACUGCAGCACUAUGGAAUCAUACCACAACGAGAUCUUCCUGCAGUUAAGGAACUUUCUCGUACCCUUAGGGAAAUCAAUAUUUUCAUCGAGGCUUUCGAAGCAGUUCGGACAGUAUACACCCUACACGAGGUCGGACAGUGCUUGGCUGGACUGAAAAAUAAGAAACACUUUGAAGAGCUAGAACUAGGCCCCUUGUGCAAGCUCCCCUUGAUCUACAAGAUGUUUAAAGUUCCCAGCACCAUGAAGGAUGAGGAUAUAUAUGAAAUUGAAACAGUGGAUAUCUUAAAGAGCCUGCGUGCCUAUAUGAGAGAACAUCGAGCCUACAGAAGUAAAGUGGAUCUGGCCGAGUUCAUGCAGUUUGUGAUGGAUCAGUAUAACUGUGACUCUCCCUACGAGCUGGGGAUCAGAAUCCAAAGUGUCGCUCUAUCAGUCGCCACGCUGAGGAAAGCACAAAAUUCUGAGCAUGCAUCGAUGGAUAAAGCCCGGGCGAUAAUUGAGAAGGAAAUCGAAGAAGAAGCUCAGAGCAAAAUGAGAAAGAUCAAGAAAAGUCUGUUGGACCCGCUUAAUGGGCCCCAGCUGUUCUCCACCGGGGGCAGCAUUGCGCUGCGGAAGAAAUAUGCCAGCCUGACCGCAGCCGAGGUUGUGCUGGAGGUCUUUAGCCACGCAGAGGGCAUCUUCAACAAGAAGAUGACCAAGCAUGUCCAGGACUUCUUGUUAAGGGUGGUGGGAGAUCGCUUGGCUGUGGCAUUGUUCCAGUUAGCCAUUUGCUGUGGGUCCCUGGAGGUCCCUCAGGAUUUGGUAGCCAAAGAGAAAAACUACAAGCCUUCUGAACCAAAGGAACAAAAAAGCAACGUUCAGCCACCUAGCGAGGCUGAGGUGAAACAAAAUCUACAGAAGCAUCUGUCUAACUGCAACGGACUGCUCAACCUGCCCUAUUUAUCUAAAAUUGAAAAGAAAAUCCUGGAGCAUUUUAAGUUUGAAGAGUUUGUCAACAUGGAACAAGGCACCUUUCUUGAAUUUCUGGUGAAGCACUCCCAGAUUUUGCAGGAGGUAGGUGGAGCUGCCUUAGUCCUUACCAGUCAAGACUCCAGGAUUUGCGGCUACAGACCCAGUCAGCAGGACAUCUACGAGCUGAUCAGGCAGUGCGGCGUAGCAGACCAAGAGAGAUUCCAUCACAUUGAAUCUGCUUUGCGCAGCCACUACAAAGUGAAAGACAGUCGAGAGCUAGGAUAUGGAUCAUUAGCAACUCUGGUGAACAUAGUCCAGCGCCAGAACAAACUGCACGAUGACAACCCCAGCAAUCAAACAAGCCUGGUGCGUUACGAGACUGCACUGCUCAUCAGAGACUCAAGGCACAGCUUGGCUGAGGCUAACGAUGCAGUGGGUCUCCUCGGAGACGUGAGCAGAGCCACGGCCCUGGCCUGUUUACUGAACACCCCUCUGCUGGAGGACCUGGCAGACUGGUCUCAGUGGGAGCUGGUGUUCGAACCCCAAUAUGGAGACCUGAAGGAUUUUAUCGAGAGGAACUUCGGCAGAAAAGUGACCAGGCUCGGGGACGAAAGCACGGCGGUGCUUGCUGACCUGGUUGCUCUGGAGGUGAAGCCGGGGGUAUUGCUCCGACUCACGACCCACACCAGUGCAGAGCUGUUUGCUGAAGCAGCUAUGGCCUUGGACCCAGUCGGCACUGCAGGGCAUUUGGUCUCUCUGGUAAUUGCCGACGGCAUAGCCAAUGCUCCUAUUGCUCUUUUGGCCAAUCACAUGGAAACAUCCCUUGCAGCUGCUGGAGGCCAGGAAGAAUUUUCACAGAGAAAGGAAGAAGCAGCAUCACUGAACAUAUCUGCCAAGUUCAUACUUGACUGUCUCGUCAGAAUACCAACAAGACUUUGCAAAUCCCUUCUGCAGCAGGUCUUCCUUGAUCCGUUUUCCAGAGUGGUCGGACAGGCAAACUCCAAGAUUGUCCUUUUACAGGUGGCCAAGACCUGUACCCGAUACCACAACCGGCUCCACCAGAUGGCUAUCUUACAGGGCGUGACUGAGUGGGUGAAAGACUUUCAUAUGAAGCUCAGCCCACCAAAGCUUCCUGUUGUGAAAUCGAAGGUUUCCAAGCCCAGACCUCAGGAUUCAGUCUCGGAGAGCAGCAGGUCCUCAGUGGUGGCCCUCAGUGAAGACGAGGAGUUUGGUAUUGAGUCUUCGGAAUCAGAGUCUGAGUCUGACAGUGAUGCUCCACUAUCAAGCUCAGAUGAAGAUGAGGAUGAGAAGUUUUGGUUAGCAAGCAAGGCUAAAGAGCCGUCCAGUGAGCAGCAAUCCGAGAGCUUGGAUCCCAGCUCUGUAGAAGGGGACCUGGCAGACGUGGACAGCGGUGGAGUCAACGAGCCCAAACUCAGUGACAUUGAAAGAAAAGAGAAAGAAUGCAGAGCUGUCAUUGAGGAUAUCAGAAAAAGCGAGUUUGGUUUUGGGGUUCUCUUGAAUGAAGAAGGGAAAAAGCUGAUGGAGGUUCAUCAGAAUCGACUCGGCAGGAGUCUGGAGAGACUGUCCACAGAGCUCUAUAGCAAAGACACACACUUUGUGCUGGAGCUCAUUCAGAACGCUGAUGAUAACUGUUAUCCCUCGGACGGCAGUGUGCACCCAGCCUUGGUUUUUGUGGUAGAGAAAGAUUGUGUCACCAUUCUGAACAAUGAGUGUGGAUUUGAAGAAAAAAAUAUCCGAGCUAUCUGUGAUGUUGGAAGAAGCACUAAAGGGAAGCACACAUAUGGUUAUAUAGGUCAGAAGGGCAUCGGGUUCAAAUCAGUUUUUAAAGUCACUGACAUCCCUGAGAUUCAUUCCAAUGGUUUCCACAUCUGCUUUGACAAGAACAGCGGCCCCAUGGGAUACAUCCUGCCUCACUGGAUUGAGAGUGAGAGGCCCCUUGAAUUGGACAGCACAGAAUUGCAGUCAAGCAGCUGGACAACGAAAAUCAUUCUUCCUCUGCGAUCAGAGAGCCACCAGACACGAAACCUGUUUCACGAUGUCCACCCUUCCCUGCUCCUGUUUCUUCACCGGCUGCGCUCCAUUUCCAUUGUCAAUCAGAUUGAUAACCGGUUCUUAUCGAUUACCCGGAAAGAUUUAAGCAACAACGUGCUGGAGGUUCAUCACACAGAUGGAGUGGAGCGCUGGUUGGUAGUGAAGAGAAGUCUGUCAACAAAAAAGAUUAAAGAAAAUGUCGAGUCUACUCAACUGGCACUUGCCUUCAAAAUGAACAAUGGAGAGAAUCCUCUUGGCUUGAAACUUCAACCAGAGAAACAGCCUGUCUUCGCUUUCUUACCUUUGAGAAGUUUUGGGUUCCGCUUUAUCAUCCAAGCGGACUUUGACAUCCCUUCAUCUCGUGAAGAUGUUGACCGCGAUAGCCCCUGGAACCAGUGGCUUCGCUCUGAAAUCGCUUCGCUCUUUCUUCAUGCGAUGGACACCUUCACAGAACAUCCAGAUUUCGAGGGUCUGCAGGGCCUCUGUGAGUUCUUGCAGUUCAUUCCUCUUCCAGAUGAGAUCUUUGAUUUCUUCAAGCCCGUUGCUGGACAGAUCAUUCAGCUUCUUAAAGGAAAGGCCUGCUUGCCCACUAAGGAAGAUCAAGAUGGCGAUAUAGAGUUUAAAUUGCCUUCACAAAUCGCUGUUUCUCAAGAUGUGCUGAUCCAAGAGGUGAUUUGUCCAGAGCUGCUUCACAGACACCUCAACCUCUCCUACCUGAACCCUGCUGUGCAGUCGGCACUCCCCUCCUCUCUGAUUUCAGCGCUAGGCGUGCACAGGCUUACAGGAAGUGACAUCACCACAGUCACCUUUGCCAUGGCCAAAGAGAUGAUUGAGGAUAACGGCACAUACAAUGAGGACUCAUUGAAAAAGAUUGCAAAACUGCUGGUGUGCAACUUCCGAAGCCUUGAGCAGGACUAUGGAGCUGUGGACUGCAUGCUGCAGGUCCUGAAAUCAAUCCCAAUCAUCCCUCUGGCCGACGGGCGAAUGGUGUCUCUGAACGGCCCGGGUGUGUUCUUCCCUCUCUGCGAUUCUCAGAAUGCUCAAACAGGUGAAGGCUUGGAGGCAGUUUAUAAAGAUCUAAAUACAGUGAAUCCUAAAUUGCUUGAGUGCCUGGAUCCACUGAGCAACUCCCAAGUAAAAGAGCUUCUAAAGAAACUGGAUGUGCAUGACCUGGAGCCGGAGAAGGUCAUCCUGGAGCACAUACUGCCCAUCCUCAAGAACGGAUACUGGAAGGAAAAGCCAAAAGACAUUGUGAUCAGCUAUGUGGUGUUCAUUAAACAGCAUUCUAACACUCAGGGCCUCUCAAAACUGAAGGAUUUCUUUCCAGUUCUCACAAACAAAGGCUUUGUCUGUCCGCAUGAGCGCAAGGUCCAGUUUUCAAAGGAGUAUGGGAACAUCGACCUGUCAUCAAAACUCCCAGGAGUUGACUGGGUGUUGCUGCACCCCUGCUAUUUAAGAGCAGAUGCAGAUGUGAGUGGCUGGAGGGAACUCUUCAGUGUCCUAGGAGUGCAGGACUUGCUGAUCUUCAAAAAGGAGAAACGAUCCAUUACGAAAAAGGAACUGGCUUCUAGUCCAUGGGCACGCGAUCAUGAAUUCUGGCAAAAGACCACAGACGAUGUUUAUGUGAUCGAAGACUGUGAAUGCGAGGAGUUUCAUUCCCUCGUUACAGCGGACCGUCUUUCAGAAAAAGAGAAACUUGGACAAAGAGAAGAGCUUUUAAGUUUGCUCGAUAAAAACUGGGAUACUGGUGACAGAUAUUCUCAGUACCAAAGCGCUCAAGUAUUUGACAGCCAAGGACGGAAGUUGAGAGACACCAAGUCAUCUUUUGCCUUGUACCUCACAACAUCGCCAUGGGUGCCAGCUUACAAAAUGGAGGCUGCAAACAUCAGGCCUACAGUGGAGUUCCUGUGCCCCAACAAUGUGUUCCUGAAAUCUUCUGAACUUUACAAGUUGUUAGGAGAUCAUGUCAGCUAUGUCUCAAUCCAACUAAACCCAAGUGAAUUUUGUGGUUCUAUCGGCAUCAAGUCUUCCAUUUCUGUGGAAGAAGUUAUCACUCUCUUCAAGUCUUGGUGCUCUAAAAACACAGAAGGGAAUCCUGGAGAACUUGAAGGAGCUGAUUUUGUAACCACUGUAGAUCACAUUUAUAAUGUGUAUCUGUACCUCUAUGAGAACUGCAACCCCCAGCAACUGAAAACGUUUUUCCAGCAAACGCCAGCUGUGUUUGUGGAGUAUGAAAGGAAGGAAGAAUUUACCUCUGGCAGAUUCUACUUCAUGAAAGAAGUGUGCUGGACUGACCCGACAAGAAUGUUCCAGAGGUACAGGGACCUGGUCAGGAAGGCUGAAGUAUCGGUACAAGAGCCUCUUGUUCUUGCUCCAUUCUACAAACAGUUGAAUGGCAUGAAUGAUUUGUUCUUAAAGACUUUAAACAUUGAAUAUAUUCCCUCUAUGAAGCAGUAUGUAGACCUUCUCGAAUUGGUUUGCAAUGAGUGGUCUUUGCCCACCAGCGAACUUCUACAGGAUGUUUCUGUCAUUUAUGCAAUAUUAGCUGUGAAGUGCACAAUCCCAGGUGAACAUGAAAUUGAGGAUCAGUUGGACCACAACUAUUGCAAAUCAUUGAAAGAAAUGUUGAAAGACAGAAAGGUUUUCCCUUCGAAGGAAAAUUCCUGGGUGACUCUGGCUCGGCAGCCUCUAAUACCCGAUAACAAGACCUUGGAACGAUUUUUUAAGUCCUACAGCCAAGUGUGUCUGCUCAAUCUCCCAACUGCUGAUUUAAAGCCCAUUUCCAAGCCCAGCAAUAAACAAGGGAAGCUUAUCCUGAGAGAAAAGGUGUUUGACGAGGACCUCCGAGCGCGCUUCCUGAAGAUCUGCGGGGUUCGGAGCCUGUCCCAGUGUAUUAGUGUCGAGGCGCAAACGGAAAACUACAGGCCCUGCCCAUCAGUGCAACGCUUGGUCCGCAAGGUUGUGCCAGAUAUCCAGAAGUUUAUAUACCAAGAAUUCAGACACAUUCACAAAGAACUUCAGGAGAAUAACAUUGCUGGACUCUUGAAGUCACUGUCUUUCGGUCAGGUUGGCAAAUUGUAUAUACAGUAUCAGCUAACCCUGCCUGAUAUGGACCAUUUGUUUGAGAAGGAGGAUGUCAUCUGCCUUUUAAAAGACAGACAGCUUUACAUACAGAAAGACCACAUCAGAUCCCGCAUAGACAUCUGCAGAGAGGUUGUCAAGCUUUUCAGUAUGGAAAACAAAGACUUUGGGAAGGAGCUGGAGCGCUUCCUGCAGGGGCUGAUGUCCUGUCUCGAUGAUGAAGCAGCAUUGAAACGCUUCUUACGGAAAGAGGACAUCAGUGAUCUCCCAGAAAACGAAGAGAAGUGGGAGGUUCUGAAACCGCUAGAGAUCGAACAGGAACCGAAAGGGCACCACAUUGGAGAUCAGCUCCAUAGGGCUUUGAGCACCAAUGAAGAAGAGCCGAAGGCGGCUGCAGAAGAUGGAGAGAAGACACUGGCAUGCUGGCCUCCCAAGUCUUCCAUGAAUGGAGUUUCAUACAGCCCCUCUGGACAGACAGCAGACAUGGUGAUGAAGAUGUGGCCCCCCCCUGCUCAGCCAUCCCCUUCAACAGACACUGAAGUGUAUUUUAGUACUCCAAGGAAUAGUGAAGGCACAUCAGAUAUGAAAGUGCAUUGUAGCCCUCAAUUCAACAGCAAUCAGAGCAGUGGUUUUAUACCUCAUCACACUCCAGCUCAUGAUACUGGAGUCCAAGCUCCAAAGCUACCUGACCCACAGCUACAAGACAGUCCCCAAGAGACAGGACAGAAUCAGAAGCUGCCAGCAGAAAACACGGAGGCAGACAAACCUGUUCCUUCGAACGCUUCACUCAGUAAUCACCAGCCACCGGCAGGGCCAACAGUGUACUCGGUGUUCCAGGGGAGUGCCAAUCUCCAGCGCCCACCCCUCCCUCUCGACUGUCCAGUCUGGGCACAGAGGCAGCCCCACGAAGCUCUUCUGGAGGAUCUGACCAUCGAGAGCAGCGUUUCCGGGCCACAGGCGGUGGUCUUCACGGAAGACACCCAAGACAACACAGCUAUCGGGGAAUGGGGAGAACGUCUGGUCUAUGCUUUUCUGUUGGACUGGAAGGAAAAUGGAAUCGACAACAGGCCAAGGGAAAUCGUGUGGAACAACAGGAACGGCGAGAGUGGACAGCCUUGCGAUUUUAAGGUCACCUUCGCCACAGAUGAUGGAGUCCUGUCAGAAGUAUUCAUUGAAGUCAAGGCAACUGUGAAGGUCGAGAGAAGUUUUAUACACUUGUCGGCGAAUGAACUCCACCUCGCACUGAAAGAAAAGGAGAGGUACCAUAUAUACAGGGUGUACAAUGCUGGAGACAUCCAGCAUGUUCGACUUUGCAGAAUCAAGAACCUAGCCCAGUGUCUACAUGCAAAAGAGUUGGAAUUAUAUCUGUUUGUUUGACAUUUUAAACUUAUUUAAAAUGAUGAGACCGCAUUUUGUUUAAGGAUUCAUUAAUAAUGAUUAUAUUAAGAUAUCAUUUUAUUGACAAGCCACAAGUGUAACACUGUCGUUUUAGAGCAAUUGUUCAUGUUUUCUAAAACUAUUUAUUUUAAAUGUUGUAUGUAUAAUAACAAGCUGUCUAUUUUUAACGUCCUUUCAUAAAUGGUUUUACAUUUUUUAUAGAUGUAUUCAUCAUUUAAAUGGUUCAUUUUUAAUACUUUAAUUAUAAUUUGGAUAAGUGUUUAAAAUCAGUGUUAAUUUUAUACAAUGGAUUUUAUGUUUUAAAAGGUGAUGUAAAACUUAUUUUAUACAGCAAAACAAAAUGAAGUUCUGCAAAAACUGUAAAUUA